AAACAAAUGAAAAAUGGAAUGAGGCCACGAUUACUGAAAUUGCUGAAGCAUACUUCAAAACCUUAAAGAAAGAGCUAAAUACUACACCAGCUAUGAAGCUUCUAAAUGAUCAAUGCUCACGACACCGUAAGCGACGUGAUACAAAAUCAUCUAAUCGUUUGGCCGCUUUAAAUAAGAUUCCUGAAGAACAACUAAGUUAUCCUAAAAGUGAAGUUGAAAAAUUAUUUUCUUUUGAGGCGACAUCUCCAGAAGUGUCCGAUGUUGAAGAAAUGGUUAGAUCACCGAAUAAUCAAGAUCAUAGAUCUGAAUCUAGAAAGAAGUUAUUGGUACCAGGUCUUUCUUGGAUGAGCGAUGAGGGAAAUCGUAUUCGCAAUCUUGCAGAUGAUGUAAUCAAACAAACUCGAGUAGAAAAGUUAAAUUCCGGAGGCCGUCAUUCAUAUGCCACCCCUAUGCCGCGCGAAAUUAUUACAAUGAACGAUCCAAGGUGGACUAAUAUGCAAUCGUUAAUCCCUGAAAAACCAAAAAAUCUUCCAAUUUGGGCGUGGAAUCAAGUUGAUUCAAAUGAAUACUUCGAUGACAUUUAUGAUGAUGAAUAA